UUUUUCCCAGCUUGUUUAACGACGACGUUUCCUACAAGUAGCGGUCACGAGUGUGUCGGGACUCAGUAUGAAUCACGAACGACUGUUUCAGAACUGCUUGUGUUAAUUUGUGUAUGUCGGGGAAAAAGGAUAUGAGCAAAGGUUUAGCUCAAAUGGGACGAGAAAGCUAGCAGUGGUAACGGGGUUACCGGUGUCCACCGGUCCGCAGCUGGCGGAGCUGCUAAGCUAACGAUGGACAGCUGUUUGCAUUUGUGCCCAGUAUUUCUAUUGACCGGAAGAGGCAUGACAGGUAACGCACAUGCGGUGUCGAGCGCGGGGUCUUCGUGUCAUUUACACUCGGUAGCCCCGGUGAAGGGUUAGCUCGUGUCGUCGUCGCCUCGGAGAACACAGGUGUGUCUGUGAUGUCGCCUGUCGCCGGCCGCACGCACCGACUGUCCGGAUCCCAACUUCACGAUUAAUCAUGAAGAAGUGCGAGUACCAGCAGAUCGACCCGCGGGCCCUCCCGACCCCGACCCCGACCCCCACCCCGACACCUCCGCACCACCGCGGGGACGACGACGGCGGCGGCGGCGGCAAGAGCGACGAGUUGAAGAGACCCAGGAGGAAGUGGGAGGUUUUCCCCGGAAAGAAUCGCUUCUACUGCGGGGGCCGGAUCAUCGUGGCGCGGCAGAGCGGGGUCCUGCCCCUCACCCUGGGCCUCAUCCUCGUCACGAGCGGACUGUUCUUUAUGUUCGACUGUCCCUUCCUGGUCAAACACCUGACCAGCUGCAUACCGGUCGUCGGAGGGGUCCUGUUCGUGUUCGUGGUCAUCACCCUGCUGCAGACCAGCUUCACCGACCCCGGCAUCCUGCCCAGAGCGACGCCGGACGAGGCCGCAGACAUCGAGAAGCAGAUUGACAACACGGGAAAUGCUAGCUAUCGGCCUCCGCCGCGCACCAAGGAGGUCCUGAUCAACCAGCAGGUGGUCAAGCUCAAGUACUGCUUCACCUGCAAGAUGUUCCGGCCCCCGCGCACCUCCCACUGCAGCCUGUGUGACAACUGUGUGGAGCGAUUCGACCACCACUGCCCCUGGGUGGGGAACUGCGUGGGGAAGCGCAACUACCGCUUCUUCUACACCUUCAUCGUGUCGCUCUCCUUCCUGACGGCGUUCAUCUUCGGCUGCGUGACCACACACCUCGCGCUGAGGGCUCAAGGUGGAAAGGGUCUGGUGUUUGCUCUACAAGAGAGUCCAGGCAGUGCAGUAGAGCUGGUGAUAUGUUUCUUCUCAGUCUGGUCCAUCCUGGGCCUCUCAGGCUUCCAUACAUACUUAGUGGCUUCCAACCUGACCACCAACGAAGACAUUAAAGGCUCCUGGUCAGGGAAGAGCGGCGAAGACGUCACCAACCCAUACAGUCAUAAAAACAUUUUUAUCAACUGUUGCUAUGUGCUCUGUGGACCCCUCCCACCAAGUUUGAUCGACAGGCGAGGUUUCCUGCCCGCGGAUGAAUCUGCCCAGACAAGUGGCGCGGACAUCGAGGUGCCAACUGUGGCCACUAAAAGCGAGAUAAAUGUGUGCACACAGGGAACUAAAGGUCUGCUGGAGUCAGCCUCUCUCCCUCCGCUCCUGUCCACCUCGUGCCCUCAGGGGAAGCCUCAGACAGCUCAUACCUGCCCAGACAACAACAGCCCUGCGGUGAACUCUGACCCCUCGCCAGAGCUCUCCAUGAGCUGCGGGGCCCGCCGCGCCGCCAGCCCUCAAGGCGAUGGCUCUCCUUCACAUCACACCAAGACUCGCUGGAAGAAGAGUAAAAGAGCGGCUUUGCAUGUUCCCAACCCUGCCUUCGACGUCCCUGUCUCCCCCACUUCUCCGGAUGCUGCCAGCUUCGCCCCUUCGCAGUGACUGACCUUAUAACGACGACUUUCUCGAGUCAAAACACAUUGCUCGAAGCUUGCAUGCUGUACAACAGUGAGGUACAAGUAUGAGUUAAAUUUUUGGUUUUUAUUUAAAGUCUUGGGUUUGGCCAUUGAGUUUGGGGAUGACAAUCACAAAGACAUGUUAUUUAUGUGUGAUGAAUUUACAGGAAAUAGCGACAUUAGAGGAGAAUGGAACGAGGAUUACUUGACCGUAAAUGAUACAAAAAUUAGCCUCUGGUUUAGGAUGGAAAACACAUUAAAAGAUAACAUGGGUACGGUCGAAUUGUCAAAUUGGCUUAGGAAGUUUCCUAAAUCUUGACGUGAUCCCGAAAGUAUUU